AUGGAGAGCACCCCAAUUGAAGGUGUUUCUUAUCAAGAUGAUUCAACUUUACUUGCACCACAAUUUUUUUAUUUUGAUAAUUUGCAAACUUUGCAACCAAAAUUAUCGCAAAUUUUUGCAACGUCAAUUCCAACACAGAUUAUUCAAUUAUUAGACACAACCCAUUAUUUAAUCCCCGACGAUAAUGAAUCGAGCUCCGAAAACCACUUUAACAAUACUAUCCCAUUGAAUUGGAUUGAGUUUUAUACAGAAAAUGUCAGUUAUGAAAUGAAUCGCCAAGCAGAGAUUAUUGUUAUGACUCAUGAAACUGUAGACAACAAAUACGCUCAUGGAGAUUUAGCUUAUACUUGGUCAAUGCUUAAGAAGCUUGCUGUAGAAUACAAUAUGGCAUUGUCUUUAUAUGCUGGAUUUUAUUAUAUGGUUGGAUUAUUAACUGGAGCUCGUAUAUCACCAGAGUUUGAUAUUACGUCAAGUUUAUCAAUAAUGUAUGCCUGUCCGGUAGCCAAUGGUAAAACUGUUCAACUAAAAGUGUAUCCCACAUUAGCAAAAUUAACUCCAUACUAUCGUAAACUCAAAUGGAAUUCAAAAUUACAAAAAUUCAUUGUUAAGAAUAAAUUCAUCAAACAUAAGAAGAUCAAAUUAUUGGCAUUAACUGGAUUGGAAGAUGUUGAAUGUGUAUAUGUUCACAAUGAAUGA